CAAACAAACUUUUACGGCGUGAAUAAUUUUAAUUAAAAGUUAAAACAAAUUAAACAAUUAAAUUCUCUACAAUUUCUUAAUCAAAAUGAAUGACAUUCCUGUAUUAAUGGAUUGUCGUAAUGUUAAUAAAGAAUUAGCCAUUGUAGAAUAUCCUGGCAAUGUACAAAAUGUUGAUAAUAUGCUAAGAACUAUGGGCGGAAUUACAACAAUAUCACAAGUAUUUAGUGGAGAAAUCAAACGCUUAGAAAUUCGAUAUCAACCUGACAAUGAAUUUUGUAAAGCUUUAGCCGGCGAUGCUCAAAAUAAUUCCGGUCUUUUGUUGAAAAUCAAAAUACGCCGCUCAAAACGAAAUCCAGAUGAACGGCCUUUAUAUAUUGUGGAAGUACUUGGACAUUGCAAAAAGACUUAUACAUUUGAUUGUUUGGCCGAUUACACUUACCUUCCAAUUGUAAAAGACGAAAAGACAGGUGAAGCUCGAUGCGCUCGAGAUGAUUUGAUACCAAGAAAUGUCAUAGACAUUGAUUAUUUCUCGAGACAUGAUGUGAAGCCACUUUGUGUCCCAUAUCAGUUUGCCAGGGCAGACACUGUCCACACAAAUCUUCACCGAAUCGAUCCCAAAGACGAUGGUCAAUCAGAUAUUCUGGGUGUUUUGCAGAAGCCUUAUUACGAUGGUCGAGAGAUUGUCUCGUUUUCAUUAACAGAUCCUUUUCCAAUGCAUCCUGAUCCAGCUGUUGCCAAACGAAUGAAAGUCAAAUAUGUUUCUGAUGAACAAUUGGCAAUAGUCAAGAAGCUUUUUGAUGAGAAACCAUGUUGGACAAGAUUUGGUUUAUUAUAUGAAUCUGGAUUGUCUCUUGACAAACUUAAGCACAUUACUCCAUCAGUAGCAUAUCUGUUUUCGAAUGGACCAUGGCGUACGAUGUACACUCGCUAUGGAUAUGAUCCUCGUAAGGAUUUCAACAGUCGUUACUAUCAGACUUUUGAUCUGCGAUUACGCUAUCGCACUGGAAUGGCUGAAUUUGUUCCAAAUGCCCAUAAAUUCGGAUCAAGAAAUCAGGAUUGGGAACGAAGACCAAAUGAAGCUGAUAUACCUGUUCAGGGUCCUCAAUAUCCAUAUUUGGAAGAAGGAAAGCUACCUCGUGCUCGGCAGUGGAUUUUAAGGUAUUGUGAUCUCAGAAUAAACAAAGUAAAAGAAAUGCUGGAUAAAAUUCCUACACCAUUGGCGGGUGCAACUUGUAAUGAAAAAACUGGAUGGCUACCUCCUGGUUUUGACGUUCAAAUAAGACAGAUUAUAAACAACUCGUUCAAAGAAACAAUGAGGGAAUACUAUAAGAAUCGUAAAGAACAAGAGGCAUCAAUGGAAGAUGAUGAGUACAUUAGUGAUGACAAUGAACCAGAUAAAGAUUCAGAUGAAUAUGAAGAUGAAAUUACUGAGGAAGACCAAGAAGACAUUGAUUUAGAUAUGGAUGGUGGGGAAGUAGAAGUGGGUCCUUAUAAAAUGGAACACAUGCAAAUAGACGAUGAGGAAGAGUUAUAAUA